AAGAAGUUGACCCGCUGCCCAUAUGAGUACAAAGCUCAGCCGACUAUUCUUGCGUCUUUGGGAGUAUCUGCCAGGCCGGGCAGCGAUUGGAGUGACCGAUAGCAGCUCUUUGUAUCCCAUUCGUUCUUCUCCCAUUCUCCAUCUUUUCUCGCAUCUGCGGCGCAACCUGGACUUGGGCACUCAAAUACGACAGGGCGGAAAGCAGAAGGCGGCGCUUGGCGGAUUGGGGCGUUCACCGGAAGAGGGACCUACGAGCGGCACGCGGGGAGUCGGUGGUCGCUUUCCUCGAUUCUGCUCCUCGGGUAUGGUAUGGUUCCGCCGAGCCCCUGGCAAAGGACAAGCCCUGGCCGCCGGGGGUGGCAGCCAUGCAGCCGUGAGUGCCGCGAGGCACCGAGCCGAGUGUGAAACAACAGCAAUAUCUCAAUAAGCAGUGAAGUGCUUAUGAAGUGAACUGAAAUAAGUGAUUCCAUGGAUCCUUUGGGAGCUCCUUCCAAUUUUGUGGAUAUUAACACUUUGCCAGGAUGGUCUAACUACCACAAUGAGGACCAAUCAAACAGCUCUCAUUUACCAAUCAAAGGGGGGAAAGUUGAUGUUCGAUCUCCCUUCCCAUAUAGGGAAGACAUCAAUGCAAAGAUAAUAUUAUGGAGAGGCAACGUAGCAUUGCUGAACUGCACAGCUAUAGUAAACACCAGCAAUGAGUCCCUCACAGAUAAAAAUCCAGUCUCUGAAAGUAUCUCCAUGCACGCAGGACCUGACUUAAAAGUUGAACUACAGAAACUUAAAGGUUGUCGGACAGGGGAAGCAAAGAUGACCAAGGGGUUUAAUCUUGCUGCCCGCUUCAUCAUUCAUACUGUGGGACCCAAAUAUAAAAGCCGAUACCGAACAGCAGCAGAGAGUUCUUUGUAUAGCUGCUACCGCAACAUCCUUCAAUUUGCAAAGGAACAAGCAAUGUCCUCAGUGGGAUUCUGCGUGAUAAACACUGUGAAACGUGGUUAUCCUUUAGUGGAUGCAACUCACAUAGCAUUGCGUACAAUCCGACGAUUUUUAGAAAUUCAUGGGGAAAGCCUUGAAAAAGUAGUGUUUGCCGUUUCUGAUCUUGAGGAGCCUACGUAUCAGAAGAUGCUGCCUCUUUAUUUUCCAAGAUCACUUGCCGAGGAGAGAGAGUCCCUGCCUUUGCUUCCUGAAGAUAUAGGAAAUGCAGAAGGGGAGCCCGUUGUGCCCGAACGUCAGAUUAGAAUUUGUAAAAAGCCUGGUGCUCCAGAGGAUAAUUCUGAUGAAGAGGAGCUAGAAGCAGACUUCUCAUUUAUUGGUUCGCAUGCUUUUGCUCGAAUGGAGGGAGAUGUUGAUAAACAGAGGCGUCUUACCCUUCAAGGACAACUGUCUGAGGCAGCACUACAGAAACAACAUCAGAGAAAUUACAACCGUUGGCUUUGUCGAGCAAGAGCUGAGGACCUGUCAGAUAUUGCCUCACUUAAAGCAUUGUACCAAACAGGAGUUGAUAACUGUGGUCGUACAGUGAUGGCAGUUGUUGGAAGGAAUAUUCCUGUUACCCUUAUAGACAUGGAGAAGGCUCUCUUGUACUUUAUCCAUGUGAUGGAUCAUAUUGUAGCGAAAGAAUAUAUUAUUGUCUAUUUCCAUACACUUACUAAUGUCUACAAUCACUUGGACUCAGAUUUCUUGAAGAAGCUCUCUGACAUUGUCGAUGUGAGGUACAAAAGAAAUCUGAAGGCGUUGUAUUUUGUCCAUCCAACAUUUCGCUCGAAGGUGAAGUGUGCCAUCUCCAGGUGGAAAAUGUACAAUUUUGCAUGCAAUCAUAAAAGUUUCAACCUGGUUCUUCACAACCUUUACUGUCUCAGGUCUAAAGGACAAAGUUCACCAUGUAGAAGGCCUCCAGCAGUUGUUCGCAGCAAUACCCCCUGAACAAAUUGACUUUCCUCCAUUUGUUCUUGAAUAUGACAUCAGGGAAAAUGGAUACUAUUCUUACCCUUCUUCUCCAGACCUCUGACUCUUCAGCUCCGCCAUUGUUUCUGAUUGCUCAACAAUCUUUCACAUGCUGCUUGCCAUUGCCAUAUCAAGUCAAUCUAAGUUAUUUACAGAGUUCAGAGAUAGGGCUUUCUUCCCCACCUCUGCUAUUUUUUUACAAUGAGAUAGUUGCAAGGACAAAAGCAAUCAGAAAACUACACGGUAAUGAACUGUAUUUCCGAUCUAAGUAUCCAGGAGAAGAUGGAUUUUCCAUGUGGGAACAUUCUUUUUUCUUUUACAAGAUCUCAACAUGAUUCCGUUGUUGCAUUUUCCCGAGACAUCAAUGGCCACCUUUUGGCACAAUCAGAUACUGGGGGGUUAGGGAGAUGCAGUAUCUAUUGUGUUCUAUGACCUUUAUAUAUUGAAUCAACCAUUAAGACAGAUAUAUUUACAGAAUUGCCUUUAGAAAUGUCUGCAAGUAGCAGAAGAACUAUUUGUAAAUUGUAGAGUUACCACAAAAUACUUAAGCUAAAGGAUCUGUCAUCUGUUUUCUGUCUUGCCAAAUGAUGUGAGAUGUUAAGGCUGUGCUGCUGUGGCCACCUGCACAUCCCUCCUCCAGUAAAAUUCAAGGGCAUGUCUGCCUGAUGUUGUGUUUCACAGUCAUUUGGGGAAUAAUACAAUGUGUUGAUUGCAAGUUGGAAAAUUAAUUUAUGUCAUUGAAGAAAUUCAGCAAUUCACUUUUUGUUUUGAAAAUAAAUUUAUUUGUAUGCAUCUUUGAGAAUUAAGGCUAUAAUGCCUCACGCAGAUUAGCUGUUGCAGUUGCUUUGCUUGUGUUCCAGAUUGUGAAAUCAAUUAUGUUAAUAGAAUAUUUUUUACUAUGCAACUAUUGUAACAGAAAAAAAUAAUGAUGUCAGCAGAUGCCUAUAGUCUAUGUGUGACUUCAGGGUCACAAUGGGCAAUUAAUCUGUACAGGUAGCUAUUGAGUUAUGACCAUAAUGGAGACUACCCAUUAUAAUUCUAACUCAUGAAGUCAUAAAACAGGUCAGUCGCAUGAAUGACCCAAUUUUGCAACCCUUUUUUCCAUCGGCCAUAAAGCAAAUGGGGCAAAACUGACAUAAAAUGUGGUCAUGUGAUUGCAAGAUGCUGCAAACAGCUGUAAAGCAGCUGUGUUGCCAAGCACCCAAAGUGCAUUCCUAUGACUGCAGAAUAGGGGGAUAACCAUUGAAAUUUAGAAUCUUGUCUUAUGUCCUCUUUUUGGGUCCGUCAUAACUUUGGCCACCAAGUCUGCAAUUACUGCAGCAGCAUUGGUGAACCUCAGGCCCUGCAUGUGUUGAAAUUCAAUUCCAGCUGCACACCAUUGGCUUUGCUGCUGAAAACCAUGGUUCAUUGACAAGAACCACAUGUUCCCCUCCUCCUCCUAUAGCGAUGGUUGAAUGGCAUAGAUUGGGGCAGAAAUCAGGAAAGGGAAAUAGAAUUGAUUGGCUCAGAGUAGCUGCUAUUGUAAUCCAUGCUACUGGAUGGGGAAACCAAAUUGAAUGUGAUGCAUACUACUGACCAUUAAAAGUAUUCAUUUCAUAUAGAA